UUAUUUCCAAAUUCUGUAAAAAUAACUAAAAAUGCCUUUCAGAGAGAAUGGUCGGAAAUGUUAAAAAGUAAAGAUGGAAAAUAAUGAGAUCAAAAAAGAGCUCCUUCCCUACUCUACGAAAAACUGCCAGAAACUUGAAGAUUAAUAAAAUUGAGAUGCGUGAAAAAAUUCUGUUACCCUCUACUGUAGAGGAAACAAGCAUUGUUUAUAUAAAAGAAGAAGAUGUGAAGAAUGCAAUUCAAGACGGAACCAUAAACAAUGAAGGAGAUCCUCUCGAAUCAAACAGAACCAAGAAGAGGAAAUUAGAAGGAGCGAGAUAUCCUUGUGAUAAAUGUGAAUACACUACAACAAGAAAAACCCUUCUUAGAGAACACAUUGAAAGCAAUCAUAAAGGAGUGAGAUAUCUUUGUGAUAAGUGUGAAUACGCUGCAACUGCAACUAGGGAUUUGAGAAGACAUAUUGAGAAUAAACAUUUAGGAGUGAGAUAUCCCUGUGAUAAAUGUCAUUACGCUGCAACGAAACCAAAUCAUCUUAGAAGACAUAAAGAGACAAAGCAUGAAGGAUUGAGAUAUCUUUGUGAUCAAUGUGAGUACGUUGCGUCUAGACCCAGUCAUCUCAAAGAGCAUAUUGAGAAUAUACAUGAAGGCGUGAAAUAUUCCUGUGAUAAAUGUGAUUACGCAGUAGCUAGGGAAUCACAUCUUAGAAGACAUUUUGAAAGUACUCAUGAGGGAGUGAGGUAUCCCUGCUCGAAAUGUGAGUACGCUGCAACUACAUCAAGUGAUCUAAGAAGACAUACUGAGAGUAAACAUGAAGGAAUUAGAUAUUCUUGUGAUAAAUGUGAAUAUUCUGCCACUACAACGUCUAAUCUCAAAAGACAUAUUGGGAGUAAACACAAGUAAAGAAGUCAAGAAUUCUGUAUUUUUGAAGUAAAUAUGUUAAUUUUACUUCCCUUUCCCCACACCCCCUUUCCUCGCAACCCCCUCUCCCUUUUCCUUACACUCCCUCACCUUACCUUUUUCCUGAUUUAUCAUCAUUAUUAUGUUUAAAAUGCACUUUACAGUGUAAUCCCUUGUAUCUAUCUAUUUACAA